GAUAAAAAUAAAAUCUCUGACACAAUUUUCCAUUGGUAUCAUAUGCUAAUAAUUAUGCCCAAAACUCAGAUCAGUGAAUUGAAUAUCUGUAACUACUGUUGUGGUCCCCUCUAAAUGAGAAACUACACCUUAAUUAUGAAUUAAUUAUCGAUGUCAAAUGAUGAAAAGUGGAAGGAUUUUUUUUAGAACUUCGUUAGAUUUUAUCUGCUUAUAAAAGUAACUAUAGUACAAGCUUCCCAGCAGUGCAUAUUUUAUUCUUGAUAAGAAUGAUGUGGAAGGUAGUAAUUGGAGUGAUUUUUUGUUUUUCCACUGUGUGUGGAUUGCAUUUGCCUGAAUAUAUCAAGGGAUGCCCUCUUGAUGCACCAAAUUUCAAAGAAUGUGCCAUUCAAAAUGGAAAUGAAGCUCUACUUCAACUUGUAAAAGGUGACGCAUCAUAUAAAAUUCCAUCAUUUCUUCCGUUCAGAUUGCCCUUUGUUGCUGUUAAUUUCAAUGGCCUCACUAUGAAUUUAACGAACGCCAGUUUUUCUGGUACUGAGAACCUGAAAUUGCAAGACUUUACAUUCGAUCCAGUCAAAAAAACUACCUCUAUGGCUUUCACAGGAUCAAUGAUUAGCUACCAAUUCAAUUAUAAGGCCAAAGGACGUAUUGUGGCCUUUCCAAUUGAAGGACAAGGAUAUGGAUCAAUAAAACUAUAUAACGCAACAUACCUAUACUCCCAUAACUUUGAAGUGAAGACUAAGAAUAAAAAGCAUUAUAUGGUCAUUGUUAAGAACAAUAUAACACUUGAACCUGAAACUGUCCAAGUGAGCUUUGACGGUCUUUUCAACGGUAACAAGCUACUAGGAGACAACUUAAACAAAUUUUUGAAUGAAAAUUGGAGAGAAAUCAUGGCAGAGUUCCGUCCAAUUAUUUCUGACAUGAAUGGUUUGAUUGCCAACCACAUGGUUAAGAGAAUUUAUGAAAAGAUACCACUGGAGGAAAUAUACCCUGGCAUUGCUUUUGAUGAUAAAAGUCGUUAAAGAAAUUUGUAUUGUAUUUCAAUAGGAAUAUUUUGUUAUGUAUUAUUUCGAUGCGAUUCUUUGACUGUAUUAUAACGAGCUUUCAUUAAAAUUCCUGUUCAAGUGUGCUGUGGAGAAAUUAGAGUUGAUUUUCAGUGAGUGUGAGUAGCGCUUAGUUUGUACCAUAAUCUUCCCAGAUUCGAAGUAUGUAAACAAAUGUUAGUGAUAUGGUACAAGCUAAGCGCUACUUUGUCACAGAAAAUCAACUCGAAUUUCUCCACAGCACUCUUGACCACGAAUUUAAAUGAACGUUCAUCAUAAAUACGAUGCUUUGACUUCAUUCUUAUAGAAUUCAAUAUAAUAAUAUUUACCAUGUACCUGUACAAUUGGAAACCUGAGUACAUAAUAUCUUCUCAGGUCCAAUAUUAUCGUAAGAUCAGUAAAUGUCAAAAAAGAUAUUUUUGAAAAAGGGUUUUCCAAAAUGGGAAAAAUGCAAACAUACAGUGUGAAUUCAAGAGACCAAACAAAUCAGUGCCUUGGACUGGAAUGAGUCUAACCACAAAUUAAGGUUUUCUGAGUUAAGUCAGUACAAUACAUUGUGAAAAAUAUAUAUUUUUACUACUUA